AUGACCAAAACUGAUAAUCAGGAAAAACCCAACUAUAAAUACCUAACUAAUUGUGUUCCGUUCAAAAAUCGAACUACCUCAAAACCACAAUCACAAAAUUAUACAAAUAUAAAUACUCAAUUGAAAAUGGCUGUUAAAGGUUUAGGAGAAGUUGAUCAAAAAUACGAUGGUUCCAAAUUAAGAAUUGGUAUUCUUCAUGCCAGAUGGAAUAGAAAAAUCAUUGACGCAUUGGUGGCAGGAGCCGUCAAGAGAUUGCAAGAAUUUGGUGUUAAAGAAGAAAAUAUUAUUAUUGAAACUGUUCCUGGUUCAUUUGAAUUACCAUAUGGUUCUAAAUUAUUUGUUGAAAAACAAAAAAGAUUAGGUAAACCAUUAGACGCCAUUAUUCCAAUUGGAGUUUUAAUCAAAGGUUCAACCAUGCAUUUUGAAUAUAUUUGUGAUUCAACCACACACCAAUUGAUGAAAUUGAACUUUGAAUUAGGCAUUCCUGUUAUUUUUGGUGUCUUGACUUGUUUGACUGAUGAACAAGCUGAAGCUAGAGCUGGUUUGAUUGAAGGCAAAAUGCACAACCAUGGUGAAGAUUGGGGUGCUGCUGCUGUCGAAAUGGCCACUAAAUUCAAUUAA